AUGUUCUUUUCUCUGUUCCUUUUUCAGAUGUGGGAUCGUGAAAGAAAAAUCUGGAUCGUCGUCUUCCUAGCCAAUGUGCUGUUGAAUACCGUCACCGCUUCCCCGAUCUAUGUCCCACAAUUUAUUCCAGGAAGUACGGGAAGGAAUAUCAGGCACUUGCCAUGUGUGUCUCGAAGAACUGGCGAAACUGGUGUUUGCAUGUUCGCGUUUACCUGCGCAAAGGCGAAUGGCACGCAUCUUGGCACUUGCAUCGACCGUUUCUAUUUCGGUAGCUGUUGUAAGAUAGACGAAGAACCUGACAUUUUUCCUCAAGACAACAGUAUCGACGAUGGUUCUCCUUCAAGGCCGUUCGUUACGACUCAUGGGCCAAUUGAGAGCAACGAUAUACCUGAAUAUUUCUCAAGGCCGAAGCCGAUCAACGAAAAGAAACCAACUGGGACGUAUUCCACCGAGGAGACGACUAGCAUGUAUACUACACAGAGUAUCCGCACGCAACCAACCACCGUAAAAGAAACAACAAAAGUGGCAACUAAAAAGCCAGUAGCGACGACCACUCAAAGGCCAACGACAUUAGAAAUCUCGACAAGGCCGCUAUCCACCGCGCAAACCUUUGCCGAAACGACUAAAUUCGUUACCAAGAAGCCGAUUCAUUCGACCACGACGCAUAAACCUACGUACUCGUCGUCGUAUAAACCAACACACUCGUCGUCUUAUAAACCAACUCACUCAUCGUCGUAUAAACCAGUCCACUCGACUGUUCAUGGACCUACCAAUGCAACCACACCCAAACCUCUUCAAUCGACUGUCGAUCGAACAACCGAAUCAACAACGUCGAAAACUGUAAUCACGACUACUCAAAGGAUCACUCCAAUUACGAGGUUCCCACCAAGAAACGCAACAACCGCGAGACCAUUGACUCAUGCUACCACCAGAAAACCUACUACCAGUACUAAAAAACCGGUAAUCAGUAGCAGCACAAGGAGACCAACAGCUACCACGAAGAAGCCCAUUACACCCUCGAAGAGGCCUCCUUCUUCUACCACAAUAAGACCGUCUGUAAAUACCACUUUAAGUACUUUAUCGUCAACGACCACCACGAAACCUCUAUUGACAUCCAUCAAACGACCAACCAUCGCGACGACUACCGAGAACGUUACUUUCUCCACGGUGACGAAACCAAUAAGUUCAACCACGGAAACCGUGAUUGCUCAAAAAUUCACAACCAUCGCCACAACGAGGCCUACCCAAAAGGUGAAACCUACGACGGUUAGAACAACGACUCCGAAGCCGUUAACUACUCCGAAGCCGUUAACGACUACUCCGAAGCCGUUAACAACUACUCCAAAGCCGUUAACAACUGUUCCAAAGCCAAAACCAACGAAGAUCAGCACGACGACUCCGAGCCUGAUAUCCAAGCCCGACUACGCAACAACCACCGAAAAAACUGGAUCUUUGUCGUCGAUUAAUGUUACUACCGUUGCUAUUACGAAACCUAAGCCAACGAUAGAAUCAACAAAGCCUACGAAACCAUCGAGUAAGCCUACCAGCAAACCUAUCGGCAAGCCUACUGUUAAGCCUAUCAUUAAACCUAUCAGCAAGCCUUCUUCGACGACACCCACAACUUUGCUUAGUUCCACCGUAACGAAUAUCAGUUUCGCGUCGUCGUCUUCCAUCAAUACGACCACCACCACACCAGCGUACGUUACUUCGACAAAGGUGUCGGUUGUUAAUCAAACCUUUGGAGAAACUUCUCAUACAACUUAUGCACCUGGACUCGUUACAUGGACGUCGAGUUCUGACGAUACGACCACGAAGAAUCCGGAGACGUUUUCAACGACAACUACGCAACCGGAUCAAACCGAAAGCGAGUGGACUCCGAUAACAACUCCAGAUGGCUGGAUUAUGAUUCAGUCACCCACUACCAAAAAACCACAAACAGUAGAAGAUACGACUGAUAAGCUUGUUCCAGAAUCUACAUCGCAAUUCUCGACUUCUGCUAAACCCACGACAGAAACUGGUACAGAACACGAGGUAACGAAAAGACCCACUAUCUUGACAACUCUGUCCUCGAUCGCCAGUGUGACGAUAGAUACCGAACUUCCGGUACCGAUGGAAACACUCAACAUGUCGGAUUACAAGCAAGUGUGCGGAAGAAGAUUGUUCCCAGAGUCGCGAAUCGUCGGUGGGAAUCGUAGUUCGUUUGGAAAAUGGCCUUGGCAGAUCUCGUUACGACAAUGGAGGACGUCGACGUAUCUGCACAAAUGUGGCGCAGCUUUACUCAAUGAGAAUUGGGCAAUAACAGCAGCGCAUUGCGUCGAAAACGUACCACCAAGCGAUUUAUUGUUGAGAAUCGGCGAACAUGACCUUGCCAACGAAGACGAACCUUACGGCUAUCAAGAAAGAAGAGUUCAAAUCGUGGCCAGUCAUCCACAAUUCGAUCCUCGAACCUUCGAAUAUGAUCUUGCUUUGUUGAGAUUCUACGAACCUUUGUUACCGUUUCAACCAAACGUUCUGCCUAUUUGCUUGCCGGAUGACGACGAAAGUUACGUUGGCCGUACUGCUUAUGUCACUGGCUGGGGCCGACUUUAUGACGAGGGCCCGUUACCAUCAGUUCUUCAAGAAGUGGCUGUGCCAGUUAUAAAUAACACAAUGUGCGAGGUUAUGUACAGGAAUGCCGGAUACAUCGAACAUAUUCCACAUAUUUUUAUUUGCGCUGGAUGGCGAAAUGGCGAAUACGAUUCCUGUGAGGGUGACAGUGGAGGGCCUAUGGUGAUUCAAAGGGCGCGCGAUAAGCGCUGGAUACUUGCUGGGGUGAUCAGUUGGGGAAUAGGUUGUGCGGUACCCAACCAACCAGGAGUUUACACUCGCAUCUCCGAAUUUCGUGAAUGGAUAAACCAAAUUCUUCAAUUCUAGACGGAAGUUCCGAGCAGCGGAUCACGUAUCUUUUUGAAAAUGAUGGUUACAUGUGGAAACCAUCACAAAGAGACAUCGAGACAAGAGACCAUCGCUCGAAAGUUAAUUUCGAAAGAUGUACAAGUUGAAUGUAGUGAAGUCCGCGCGGCUGUACAUAAUAUUAUUUUAUACAAAUCGUAUGCAAAGACAGUUUUCCUCGCGGAAAACUUUCCACGUAGCGGAUAUUAAGAAAAGAAGGGAAAAGAAAGGAAAAAUACGAGUCGUCGUAUGUACGUGCAACUACUCUCACGAAAUGUCAUCAAACGCGAUAUCUAGUAAGAUUAAUGUUUUGUACUGUGUGAUGUAUUUAUAUGACGCAUUACGCGACUCUGUUAUUAAGUGUAGGUGGACUUUGGGUUGAUCAGUGUAUGUCACGCUUAUAUGUUGCAUAGUUUCAUACGUAAAACUAUGCGUGAUCGUCCGUAGAUAAUUAAUGCCGCCUUUUGCUCGUGUCACAAUUUCAGCGAGCGAACACCGGUCGACAGAAAAGCUUUCUAUGAUACCAACGGUGUUCCCCUCACAAAUGUCCAAUGACAAUAAUAUGUGUUAAUGAUAAGGUUAAUUUAGCAGCUAUAUCGUGUCAAUGAUAUCAACGCUUCUCGAUGGACUCGAUUCGCGUUACGUCAUUUAAUAGCGAAUAUUAUCUGAGCGAAUCGUUCGAACCGACCGAUGAUAACUAUUUGCAACGUUCUCGUUUGACUGAGAAGUUUUGCAAAAUUAGACGUAAUUAAAUACCUAUCACGAUACCACGACGAAUUGUACUUCUUGUAAAAUAUCCAGCGUCGUAAGGACGGAAAAAAACGAUGUGAACUACGAAGAAAAUUGACGAAGGAAGUACAUAAUAUUCAACAACUUCUAGGCUCUUUCCAGGUUUAUUUUCACGUCUUCCAAUAAUUCCAAUUACUUCCAAUAUUUCAGGUGUUAGAGCCUGAAUAACGCGUGCAAUGUGACUUUUGAUAUUAUUCUAUCAAGUAGUAUCGCGUGCAUAACAUAUAACAAUUAGAAUAAAUAUGCUGUACAAACAUGUAGAGCGUCAAAGAUUCGACUCUUCUAGUAAUAUUAACGUGAAGCAAGGAUGAAUCCUUCAAUAAGAUAUAAUUCCGUAAUUGCUGUAGAUACCGCAUGCAAUGUUAUCGAAUUACAUAGAGACUGUUAAUGGUAUUACAUGAUUUUAGUUUUAUUUGAUAUCAAAUGAGGAACCCGAUGCUGUUUGCGUUAAUUUUCGUAAUUUAUCAAAAUACUGAUCAACCUAUGUUUACGAAUCGAUCUGUUAUUUGAUCGACUGAUUUAAUCGAAAGUAAAAAUAACGUGCUCACUAUCUUUACCCUUUUGACAAAUACAACCAACUAUCGUUACACGCAAUAUCAUCGUAUGUAAUAAAAUAACGAUGUAAAUCGUAUAUAAGAAACUAAAUUAGCAUUCGAUAACAAAAGGAAGAAAGAAGAAACUAAACACGUCGUUUGUCGUGCGAUCGAAAUUGCCUAAGGUAAAGAAAUUAUUUAAUUUAAUUUAUACGAAAGUUUAUAUUUGUACGAGUGUAUGUACAGAUAUAAUACACACGCGGGUAUAGCCAGUCGUGUAUGCGAACAAAUAAUUUAUUAAUAUAUGUUGUAGUUGGGGCUGUGAAAAUAUACAAAACCCCGAGCUUGUAAAUAAUUGAUCGAUUGGUGGUGCGUGUUUCAUUCUAUUACAAUCUGUUAUUUUCUACUGUUUUACUAUCACGUUUCUCCCUCGGUGCCUUUGUAUUUACCAAUCGAGUAUUAAAACGGACAAAAAAAAAAUCGAUGUUCCUCAUCGAGGAAAGGCUCAGUGAAUUACCUGCUUGUCAAGUGCAAUCCCUCGCUCCACUUUGUUUGUCCUCGCAACCAAUCAACGUGGGUGUUGAUAUUUACGAAUCGGUCUCAAGUGAGAGUUCAAAUCUCAUCUACACGCAACGCCCACACUAUCGCCUGCAACUGUAUAGAGCGAGAGUAAAAUUCUAGAAUAAUGGAACGGCUUGUUUGCCGAAGCGUCACGAGGAGCAAACGAUUAUUAAGCAGGUGGCAUGAAACAUUUAAGGGAAGAGAAAACGCAAUGGAGAUCGUCGAUCCUCUUACAAGUACUUUAUUUAGAGUGGCUCACGAAAGUACUUAUUUGAACACUUACCAUAGAAAAUUUUUAUGAACUCAUUAUUAUUAAUUAAUUUCAUUAAUAUCGUAAUGAGACACGACUGCCAUGAUUAUAUCGUUAAAAUUUAAAACCAAACUAAAGAUGUAUAUAGAAGUUACAAGAUAUCUACUGUAAAUAUACAUUCAAUGAAAAAUUGUGUACGGAAUGAAUAACAAUAGUACUCGACCGUAGUAGUAGUGCUAAAAAUGGUCGCACUAAAGAACUAUCAAACAAACGUAAUCUAUAUAAUUAUGACGUCGUCCUCUAUUAUUGUGCUAAUGAAAUUUCAAAAUAUUUUGUACGAUACGUACAUACAAAUAUAUUCACAAAGUGUUUCUUUAAGUGUUUACAUAAUUUCGUGUGUCACUGUAUCUCUCUUUAUCGCGAGUCGAAAGAAAGUUAUGUAAACAACAGUUUAUAUUGCAUGUGUCUGAUGACACAACAUAAUCGAACAUAUUUUUCGACCAAAAGAAGCUAUUUGUAUUCAGUUAAAAAUAAUCCUACAUAAAAACACGGAAAUUUCUACCUGG